UUUUGAACGGAAAAAUAUAUUUGAACACACUGACGGUGCAUGGGCAAUUAUUUCGUUGAAAAAAUAUUCCGUUAGAAACUUUUGGACUCAUUUAAACGCUUGCAUUUGAAUUAGCCAAUCAGAUUUCGCGCACUGUAUGGCGGCCAUUUGUAUAUCAGCUGUACAAAGAAUUUAAUUAAAUGAGAGGAUUUAAUCAUGACUUUUCGGUUGUGACAGUUCAAUUAUUUUGUUUAAAGGUAUUUAUUUUUUAGUUUUGUUCAUAAAUAGGUCAAAAUUAAUGUAAAUACACGCUGUUUUAAUUGUUUAAAUUCAUUAGAUCUAAAUCGAUGUCUAAUGUCAAUUUUUUUGCUACACGAUUUUGCAAAGAUCUGUUAAGACCUAACGUAACAUGGAAAAUGAAAAAUGUAAAAUAUCAGAUUAAUGAAUGAUAAAUAUGAAAUAGGUUACGUAUAGGUCUUAUAAUUAGGACUACUAUUAUACAUGUUACACUGAAGUGUAUCCUGUUUAAACUUCCUUGGACGAUUUAGUUACAUUUUAGUAAACAGUAAGGUACAAACUGUGUAAAAUAAAUAGUUUCGCCAUGGGGUUUAUGUUAGAAACAUAUUAUCUUCUUCUAUGGAUUUUAAUUGAUGCAGAUGCUACAUUUAUAACGGAAUAUAAGACAACAUGGAAUACAGCUAUAGACAACUGUACAAUGGAAACUCCUACAAUUAUGUUUGAGGGCAAAGAGGCUGAUUUACCCGUUAAGUAUGAUUUGGCGGGAAAAGAUGAUGUUUGGGUAGGAUACUAUUUAGGAACAGCACCAUUCCUUUACAUUGGUUGUUUGCAUGUGGAAGGUAUGAGUGUAAAAGCAGAAUUUGAUCACAACACUCCAGGCCUGUGUUAUUCCGCUUGCAAGAAGAAAGGCUUGGUAGGCAUUAGCCAAACAAAAUGCUUCUGUUUGAAUGAUGCUGAUCAAUCAGAGAUUCUCAACAAAGAAUGUGACAAAGGAUGUAAGGAUCAAAAACAUAUUGCUUGUGGUGGUGAUAACUAUAUGUCAAUUUACAGAAUCGAAUCAGCCGCACAGGUCUACAAUGGAGAAAAGGAUUGUUUACUCUUUGAAACAAACAGUGGCGGACCGAAUCCACAGUGGGCGGACUGCACGAAACCUCAAAGAAUCAUGUGUACAUUAAACAAUGGCACAGUUCAAAACGCGCUUGAUAAUAACGGUGACAUUCAAUACAACAGUUGGAAAGAAUCAAUGCAGAUUUGUUUCGAUCUUCAAAGGGCUCCUGCAUCUCUAGAAGGCCUGAGAGGAUUAAACAUAAUUACACCAUCGUGGACAGGAUUGAUAAAAAGUGAUGUAAUAUAUAGCUACGAUGAAGCAGUAACUUCAAGCGUAUAUAAAAAGUGUGGAUACCUUGACAAGAAAAAGGGUGAAACCGUCUUAAAAUUUGAAGACAAUGACAAAGAAAAAAGGAUUCUUUGUAAAAAAGGAAAAGAUAUCAACAAAACUAUAGCAGAUAGCAGUGGCUCAGAUGUCGGACUAGUUGUGGGAAUGUCAUUGUUAGUGGUUUUAGUUAUAGUAGCGAUCGUCAUAGGAAUUUUUGUUUUAAACAAAAGAGGAAAACUUCAAGGUAUUUGUUAUAGCAUUUCAACGCCCAAAACAACAGUUCAAACGCAAAAUGUAUCUGUGGUUCCAGACACGGCCUACGAAGCUCCUUCUGAUUCUCCUUACAAUGAAAUCGAUGACACAGCUUUGCAAAGGAGCACGGAUACACCAGAUGAUUUCGAUAAAGACAACGGAAAUUAUGCGCACACUUAUUUCGUUUUGGAAGGCCAGGAAUGGGAUCGUCAAAAAGAAAAUGGCAUUGCAAUGUCCAGACCUGGAGAGUCUGGCAACGAGUACAACACCUUGUGUUCUAAUUUAAAGCACGGAAAUAACACUAAACAUACAUAUGACACGACAGAGAAAGCAGUUAAAAGACUGAAAGAUCAACAUGAUAAAAGCAUUGAUGAUAUAAGAUGUAACAUGUUUGACGACGUGGAGGAAGAUGAUUACAACCACACAAGUGGUGAAGCACUGAAGAACAAAAGAACAGAUCAUGUCUACGGCAUACAAACUGGUGGUGAAAAUGAGUAUGGAGGUGUCAGUACAAAUAAUGAAAAUGAUCUUCUGGGAGAAAUGGACACCUAUAAUCAUAUACAAGCUUAAUAUUCGCAUUUUAAUGGAAUUUUAUGAGUUAAUUAAUGUAUUCAAAACCUUUUCUUUUUUUUUAAUUUUCAAGUCUGGUACAAUCAUUGUAUACGCUUGUAGUAUAUGAAAAAUGUUACCAUUCAAACGGUUUUAGUUUUGAAAUAGCUUUGCAAAAUCUAUAUUACUGUUCAAUUUCUAUAAUGAAAUGCCAUUUAGAAUACCAUAUGUUCAUUUUAAGAAAGAAAUAAAGUGUAUUGAAUAACC